AUGGCCAACACGAGCUUGGUGUUCCAAGCUUUGGGCGCUUUGGUCUUCUUGUGCGCGACCUUGAGCGCCUUCUGCUUCUGCUUGAGCUUUGCUAGCAAGAACAAGCUUGCCAGCGCCAAGCCCGUGCGCCGCAAGGAUGUCAAAUGUAUCAUUAUUUCAGCUUGCAAGUGGUUCAAAGGCAUCGAGGGCGAGAAGAAGAAGGACGAGGCAGCCACGUCGGCGAAGAGCGGAUCGCCGCGGCCGGAGCUCAACCGCGUUGAGAGCAAGGCCCGGGCGCCGCUGCCAAUGGGCUGGGAAGCCGAGGUCUCACGCAACAACGGCAAGAUGUACUACGUCAACAAGUCGCUCCAGCUCAAGCAGUGGCAUCGCCCGACGAUUUAG